UGAGCGCGCGCCCGCGCCGCGGCUUUGGCCUGCUCGGGGGCGCGCGCGCGGGCUCGCCGAGGAGGAGGCCGAGAGUGAGGCCGGGGCGCCAGUGGCCUCUGCUCCGCCCUCUCCUCCCCCGCCGCGGCUGCCGCCGCCCCCGAGGCCCGGAGGGAGGGAGCCGCGUCCCCGCCCGCCGCGCCGCCAGUCCGACCCUCGGUCCCGCCGCGUGAGCAGCCAGCGAGCCGAGCCGAGCCGAGCGCGGCCCGCCCCAGCCGCGGCCGCCCCCUCUGCAGGUGCCUGUGACCGGGCGCCCGGCCGCGGCCGCGCUCUCGCCGCCCGCGCUCCGGAGUGGCGGCCGGCCCGAGGAGGCCGCCGCGGGCCGCGCCUCAGCAUGAACCGCGGCCACCGGCACGGGGCGGGCAGCGGCUGCCUGGGCACCAUGGAGGUGAAGAGCAAGUUUGGAGCGGAGUUUCGUCGGUUCUCCCUGGAAAGGUCAAAACCUGGAAGAUUCGAGGAGUUCUAUGGCCUGCUGCAGCACGUUCACAAGAUCCCCAACGUGGACGUGCUGGUGGGCUACGCUGACAUCCACGGGGACUUGCUGCCUAUAAAUAACGAUGACAACUACCACAAAGCCGUUUCAACAGCCAAUCCACUGCUUAGGAUAUUUAUACAAAAGAAAGAAGAAGCAGACUAUAGUGCCUUCGGUACAGACACGCUAAUAAAGAAGAAGAAUGUUUUAACCAAUGUGUUACGUCCUGACAACCAUAGAAAAAAGCCACACAUAGUCAUUAGUAUGCCCCAAGACUUCCGGCCUGUGUCUUCCAUCAUAGACGUGGAUAUUCUCCCAGAAACACACCGUCGGGUUCGUCUUUACAAAUAUGGCACCGAGAAACCCCUGGGGUUCUACAUCCGGGACGGCUCCAGUGUCCGGGUCACACCCCACGGGCUGGAGAAGGUCCCCGGGAUCUUCAUAUCCAGGCUCGUCCCAGGAGGUCUGGCUCAGAGCACGGGACUGUUAGCCGUCAAUGAUGAGGUCUUAGAAGUUAACGGCAUAGAAGUCUCAGGAAAGAGUCUCGACCAAGUAACAGACAUGAUGAUCGCAAACAGCCGCAACCUCAUCAUCACAGUGAGGCCAGCCAACCAGAGGAAUAAUGUCGUCAGGAACAGUCGGACUUCUGGCAGCUCCGGCCAGUCGACCGACAAUAGCCUUCUUGGCUGUCCACAGCCGAUGGAACCAAGCUUUGAGCCAGAGGAUGAAGACAGCGAUGAAGACGACGUUGUCAUCGAAGACAACGGGGUGCCGCAGCAGAUCCCCAAGGCUGUUCCCGAGGCCGAGAGCCUGGAAUCCCUAACGCAGAUAGAACUCAGUUUUGAGUCUGGGCAGAAUGGCCUCAUUCCUUCUCGUGGCCUGAGCUUGGCACCCGCAGCAGGUGGCACAGACUCGGAGUUUGAAACUCGAGCUCCAGUUCAGAAGCUCUUAGAAGAAGACGGGACGAUCAUAACCCUGUGAAGCUGCCGCGCGGGUGCUUUCUGUGUGCGGAGAGCUGUGGGACCAGUGACUGGCUAGCGGUGAAGCAUAGAUACCUACACAUACCUCUGAGCCAGUGGUGCGGGCAGGCGCGGGAAAGGAACCCGGCUGGGACUGUUGCUGAAAAGGUCGGUAACUGCUAACAUAAACCUCGGUGGCUCAGAGGUGAGUCUAAGUCUAAAACACAGGGGCCUUGCUUGUGAAGUUAUGUGCUGUCGCCGUGUUUUCUGUGGAGAACUGGGUGUUGGAGCACAUUCCCAGGCCUGUGUGCGGGACUGGGUCAUUUCUCUUUGAAGUGGUUGCACAUUUAACCUGCUAUGCAGAACCCAGUUGAUUUUCCUUUCAUGUCUUUUAAAUUUGUCGUGAAGAAGGCUGAUUGCCUCCUUUGUACACCGGGGACCUCAGCUCUUCUGUCCCAAUAGUGUGUUUUGAUUUAUUUUCCCCAGUGUUGUUCCUCUGUUGUUAAUUUAACAAAUUGUUUUCUCGCAUGUAUUUUUACCCCCAAUUUCCAAGAAACCAGUUGGCCAUUUCUUGGAGUUGCUUCCCGCGUGGUGUGGCGCCAGAGCUCUGUUCCCAGUCCUGACGCUGGGACGGCUGCUCCCGGUGGCGUCCACCCAUCCCACAGCUUCAUGGUUCCAGACCAGGUCUGUUCAGGCAGGACCGAUGCUCUAGAAGGAAAGGCCACCGACUGGCCACGUGGGAGGCGCUCCCUUAGUCGGUUCUGGUCCCCUCUCCAGGACUCGCUGGAAGCCACUCCUUUGUGCCGGUGUGCUUCGCCGUCCUGGGCGCUCCCUGCUCCGAAUCACUGGACUGGAAGGCUCCUCACACACAGGACAGACGUGCACUUUUUGUACAGAAAACAACUGGCUUUUCCUUUGGGAUUUCUAGGAACACUGUACACUUUAUGGAAGAUAUGUAGUAUUCACCUCAACAGGUAGAGUUUAUUAUUUUAUGAGGCUAUUUAUUGUUUUCCAACGCAUCCACUUAGGACAAGUUAGAAGCUGCUGCUUUCAUCCCUUGCUGGUUCCACUGUGUCGUGUGCAGAGGCGCAGAGCAUGGAGACCGCGCGCUCCCUGCGGCUCCUGCGUUACGCGUUGAUCACGCUGGUGUGGCACUCGCACAGGACCUUAGUAACCACGUGUGCUCUUCCAACAAUGAAGACCCGAUGACUCCGUUUUGAAGGAUGUUUUCUCUGUUGACGGUGAAACAUGAAGAAGUGAAGUCUCGAUUAAGUGGCGGCCACUGGACUCCAGGUGUCACUGUGUUUCGUUCGUGUCCCCACUAGGCACAUCACCCGGGAACUGUCGGCUGGCUGCACAGCAUGUGUGGCCCAGCGUGCGUGGUGAAUUCGCUCUCCCCCCUCACGUGCCACCCCUCGGCACUGGUGUCCCGGCUUUAGCAUUCCGAGUCUAGACGCUCCACUCGCGCAAGACGAUGAUGCCAGAAGGUUCCGUUCACUUAGGACAACAGUGGUGCAAGGGUUCAACGUUCUGAGUAAAAACACUGUCACACACUACCUCUCUCUCUCUCUCUCUCUCCCUCUCUCUCUCUCUCUCUCUAUUUUGUUUUUUUAACAAAGUUUUAACAUUAGAACUUUUCUCUUGGGGAAAAAAUACUUCAGGGCUUGACUUUUGUGCAAAUUUUAAUUGUAAAAUACAGAUUUAUCUUGUAUCUGUUCAUGAAAGUGGAAAUCAAGGCUGCUAAUGCUUUUUAUUUUAGCUCUCCUGUUAAGGAUACAUGUCAGUGGUGUUUUCAACUCAAUCUCCGUCAUUUAAAUUAUUGGCGAAAUAAUUGAUUACUAAACAUUGUAAAACCAAUAGAUUGGUUAUACAAUAAAAUAUCAAUUCAUUGGUAGGUAGUCUGAAUCAAUUAUUUCAAGUGCACCUUAUUAACACAAAUAUCAGUGGAUCCAGUAUAAAAUGUCAUAGUACUAAAUGUCAAGCCUAACUGUGAAUUUUGUUGCGUAUCUUAAGUAAGUUUAUGAUAAUGUCUCAAGCUGUCAACAAAAUAUAUGUACUUUUGUGGACUAUGAAUUUUCUAAUUAAAUUUUACAUGAUAACAUGAUUUUUACAUGAAUGAUACUUUGUUUAAACUAUCAAAUGUCAGUAUUUUACUACAAUUUUAUUAUGAAAUGUACAUUAUCACUAAAUGAACUUUGAUUUAAAAAAAUCAAAUUAGCUUUAGUUGUAUAUUAUUUUUUACAAAUAAAGAUAGACUUGCGUA